UAAGAAAGCCACAGUGUGUAGUUGCCUCGUGGUUGGCUCCAAUCCUUUAAAGACAUUUCUGUAAACGGCUUGACUAGGUCUUCGGUUUGGAUUUCUUAAUUUUGAUCUUGUUUGAUAAGUAAAUGCAAUUUACUUAUCAAAUUAAUUCAUUACAUAAGCAGCUAAAUAAUAAAUCUUCUAAUAAUCAAGAUGGAGGACGACUAUCAACGCUAUAGACGAGAACAGGAAGAAGCUGUUUCAAAUCAAAGCGGGACUUCAGCCGGUGACGUACUUUUUACCAUUCUUCCCAACAUUUGCAGCCUUCUUCUGGCCCUUACUUUAACAACGCUUUGUGGACCUGAAAUUAGUCGGCAGUCACGAAUACUUUUAGAAUUUUGCAUUACGAUUAUACCGUCUAUUUUGUGCUGUACGAUUUUAUCAGAAAAAGUAAUUGCCAUUUCUCAAGUUUUCCUCAUAGUAUCGGCGGCGAACAUCUUGUCGAUCCUUGCUUGGAAACCAAGGGAUUCCUUCAAAUCUAGUUCUAAUUUAAAUCCAAAUAAAUUGGGAUUCAUAACAAAUUUUCGAGCUAUAGUUAAUAUCAUGACGGCUGUCUGCAUUUUGGCAGUGGAUUUCACAUGCUUUCCAAGAAAGUUUGUAAAAACUGAAACCUACGGCUACAGUUUAAUGGAUGUAGGUGUCGGAUUAUUUAUAAUGUCCAAUGCAUUAGUCUCGCGAGAAGCUAGACACAUUGAGAUGGAUUAUAAAGCACCCUUUUUUGCAGGACUUGUGAAAACCUUUAGAGGAUCGAUAGUAUUGCUAAUUCUAGGCUUUGUGAGAUACGUAGCUGUGGAAUUUCUGGGUUAUCAGAAACACGUUAGUGAAUAUGGUGUACACUGGAAUUUCUUUUUAACUUUAGCUUGUGUUAAACUAUUCACAGGUAUCCUUUCAAAAAGCUUAGCUUCAAAGUAUUCGUUGCUAACGGGACUAUGGAUUUUAUUUAUGCACGAAUACGCAUUAAGUACAAAGGGAUUGAAGGAGUGGGUUUUAAGCAACGAGUCCAGGAAUGACUUAUUAUCAGCCAACAGAGAAGGGUGGGUUUCGAUACCUGGGUAUGUAGCGCUCUAUUUAAUUAGUAUAGCUUUAGGAAGAUUGAUACACUUAACGUAUCAUAAGACUGACAGUCAUCUAGCCCUUAACAUCAAAAUAUCUGGAUAUGAACUUCAAAUUGGAUACACGCGAUCAAUGUCCCUCACUUUUAAACUAUAUGUAAUUACUAAUUUAGCAUUUUUUGCAACCUAUAUCUGUGAACAGUAUUUUCGAGUAUCACGAAGAUUAGCCAAUUCGGGAUAUUGUUUAUGGAUAAUUACUCUUAGCUCCUUAUUACUUACAUUUUUAUUAAUGAUAGAUGUAAUAUUGGAAUGCAUUUCUGGAUGUCUUAGAGAUAAACCUAGAAGUACAGCUAAUAAACAUUUGAGCCAAGAUAAUUCAAAUACCAAAGAUAAUAUUAAUAUAAUAAAAACAUUGGAGAUUUUUGAGACUGUCAACGAUAAUGGAUUGAUAUUUUUCCUUUUUGCAAAUGUAUUAACAGGUACAAUAAAUAUGACAAUGAAGACUAUGCGCGUUGAUGAACCCCGAUCAAUAGCUAUUAUUAUUACUUAUAUGGUUGUUAACAUAACAUUUGUAAUGCUGCGUCACAAGGGAAAGCACCUACUUAAUCCUAAGAAAAUUAAUUAAUUCAUUAAAAAUGAAUAAUUUUUAAGUCUU